AUGCCCUCCCACAUCACAGUCCUUCCGGCCUCAACCCAAGCAGGCAAAGAGACCAUCCGAUUUCUGCUCAACUCCGGAGAUAAACUAGUAGUGCGAGGGAUCUACCGAGAUCCAUUCAAAGCACCACCGGAAUUCACCAGCCAUGCCAACUUCGAGGCUGUGAAAGGCGACAUCGCAGCCGGGACUGGUCUCGACUUCGAGGGCUCCGACGCGGUGCUGUACGUGCCACCGCCAGUAUGGGAUGGUACGGACCUGACGGAGUUCUCAAAGAGGACGGCGAAUUAUGUUGCUGCGGCUCUUAAAAAGGCGUCGAGUGUGAAGAGGCUGGUCAUUCAGUCGGCUUUGGGGGCUCAGCAUGACCCCGACAAGAUUGGUACUUUGAAACUCAACAACAUCACCGAUAACAUCCUCAAGGAUGCUGCUCCCGAGGUCGUCAUCGUCAGGCCGGGGUACUACUUCCACGUCUGGUCUCAGGCUCUCAAGACUAUGCAAGAAGACCCGCCUAGAUUCGAGUCCCCGUUUUCACCCGCGGACUUCAAAAUGCCCAUGCUGAGCACCAAGGACAUCGGCGAAUACUGCGCCAAGACCCUCCUCGCGGAUAGGAUCGACCCUAGCAAGAGAGAUGUGAGGCUAUUCGGCCCUCGGCACUACAGUCCGCUCGAUGUGAAGGAGGCGCUGGAGCAGGUCACAGGCAAGAAAGGCGAGCUUGUUGUCAUUCCGAAAGAUGGGCUUGCGGGGUACUGGUCGGAGCAGAUUCCGGAGGCGUAUGUGCCGGAGUUUGUGCAGUUCAUCACUGCUGUUUUGCCGGGAGGAGUGAUAGCGCAGGACUAUGGCGACGGAGAAGGGGUUGUUAGAUCACACCAGUCUGAGAACAUCACGAUGUUUCUCGCCGAACCAACCAUCCUCUUGUGGGCUGGCGUUGCCUUUUCAGCCUUCGCGAUACUACUCUUUCUCGGCCUGAGAAACCCAUUGAGCCAUGUCCCAGGGCCGUGGUACACCCGCUUCACGCAUUAUGUCCUCAAAUACCAGACCAUGACCGGCCGACGGAUACACUACGUCCACGACCUCCACACCCAAUACGGUCCCAUCGUCCGGGUCUCGCCGUUCCAGGUCGCCGUCGCCGACCCCGAGGAAUUCACCACGAUCCACCGAAUCGGUUCUGGCUUCCUGAAGUCGCAAUGGUACGAGGACUUCGCCGGCGGGUCUGGCAUCGGAAGCGGUGUCUUCGCCAUGACGGACCCGAAGAGGCACGCGGCUCGGCGGAAGCUGUUCGCGCGGGCUUUGUCUACUAACAACAUCCGCGAUAACUGUCAAUCUGUUGUGAGAGAGAAGGUUGUCAUGGCGAUAGAUCGGAUCAAGGCCGAGACGCUCAAUGGGUCUACUGAUGUCCUCAAUUGGUGGCUGCUCAUGGCUUCGGACGUUAUUGGGCAGUUGUCGUUUGGGGAGUCCUUUGAGCUUCUCGAGGCUGGCAAGAAAAGCGAGUAUAUCGAGACACUCCAAGCCACCGCAAUCAGCGCCACCUUGAGCUACGAGCUACCUUUGCUUUACAAGAUAUCUGCUUACAUCCCGGUCAAAUCUAUACAGAACCUUCUCACGGCGGGCCAGCGAGUAAGCGACUACGGAGGCAAGGCCGUGUCAAACCUCAUGAACCACAGAGACAAUAAGGCCAACGUCUUCGCGACCAUGCUCGCAGAAUGCGACGCCAACGAGAAAGUCGAUCUCACGCCGCAGGACAUCCGGAUCGAGGCCAACAACUUCAUCUUUGCCGGCGCCGACACGACCGCGUCUACUCUCACGUAUCUUGUAUGGGCUGUUCUGAAGAAUCCCGCACUCCAAGCACGGCUGGAAGCGGAACUCGCUGCCGUUGACGAGUCGGCUCUUCUCGACGACGCAUUCUUGGAAACCCUACCGAUACUGAAUGCCGUGGUCGAGGAGACUCUGAGACUUUACACCGGCGUGCCGAGCAGUUUGCCCCGGGUUGUCCCUUCCAAAGGAGUCACGCUUGGAGGCUACUUCAUUCCUGCUGGCCUGGAAGUUGAGACACAGGCAUACACUCUCCACCGGAACCCCGAAGUCUGGCCUAACCCUCUGAAGUUCGACGAGACGCGCUGGUUGGACCCAGCUGGUUUGACACCUCUGCAGAAGAGUACCUUCAACCCUUUCGGUGCAGGUACUCGUGUCUGCAUCGGACUUCACCUGGCUAAAAUGGAGAUCCGGAUGGCUGCUGCUUUGCUGUUCCGGAAGUGCGCUGGACUUCGGCUGUCUAGCACUAUGACUGAUGAUAUAAUGAGUUUGGAGAACUUCUUCAUCAUCCAACCUAUUGGUCACCGUUGCGACGUCACUCUGAGCGAGUAG